AGACCUUGUGCCGCUCCCUGGUGAACCGUUAUAGCUGGCCGACCACGGGUCCAGGCCUGUCGGUCAGCUAUCGGUGCUACAAUAACACAGGGCCCCGGUGCCACCUAACCGUCACUGCCAGAGCCGCCGGGACCCGGGAGCGGCCGCCGCCUCCGCGGGCGCAGCUCCGUCACCGCGCUGCGACAGUAGUUAGUCCUGCGGCCGCCAGAGGCGCUGCAGGUCUGCGGCGCUCGCGGCCCGGCCGUCCGCGCGAGGAGCAGCGCCUGCCAGUGCCGCCGGCGAAUCGUGUAGCGCGUGACCGCCGCGGGGCAGAGCCGCCGCAGCCCGAGGGCCGACUGUGAGAGGUGUGAGCUGACGGAGCAUGAGCUGUGGCCCUCGCUGAGUGAACCAGCCGCCGCCGCCGCCAUGCCGCCCCAGCCACCCGUCCGGCUCGCCGGCCUGCUGCUGGUGACGUCACUGGUCCCCGCCUGCGUGGCGCUGGUGAUGAAUGACGUCAUCGUUCCGCCGUACGUCGUGCGAGGUCACACGGGCCACCUGCGCUGUGACUACAGCGCCCAGGACGAGCAGAUCUACUCGGUCAAAUGGUACAAAAACUCGCGCGAGUUUUACCGAUACAAGCCGGGCUCGCUGCAGCCAAUCAUCACAUUCCCCGUGGACGGAUUCGUCGUCAAUACGGCGCAGUCCAACGAGCACGACCUCUACCUGAACCAGGUGGACCUGGACGCGGCCGGAUCGUACCGCUGCGAGGUCACCUCCGGUGCGCCCUUCUUCUGGACCGUGCAGAAGGCCAAGGACGUGCAGGUGGUCGACCUGCCGGACGCGGUGCCGUCGAUCCGCGGCCACCUGCCCAGCUACCGUGUGGGCGAGGUGAUGAAGCUCAACUGCUCCUCGUACCGGUCGUACCCGCCGGUCAAGCUGCACUGGUACGUCAACGAGGAGCCCGUAAGUAGGGUGUCGUGGACGUCAGUGGAAAGCUGGACGAACCCGGAGCCGUUCAGCAUGACGACCACCUUCUCCCGAAUGACGCACACCGUGUCACCGGAGGACUUCAACGACGGCGUCAUGAGAGUCCGGUGUACGGCUAGUAUGAACGGCACCGACUACUGGGAGUCACAGGAGAUCUCCGCCAGUCGCAUCGGCAACGUGCUGCCCAAGAGCGAGCGCAGCCAGAUCUCCAACGCCUCGGCGAGAACGCGACCCCGGCUGUCGCUGCUGCAGACGCUACAGAUCAUGUUCGCCGUGCUGGCGAUGUUGCUAGCAUGACGCUAGAGGGGCUGCAGUCAGUCACCCGCGGCGCGCCUGUUCGCUUCACUGUGUCUCGCACUAGGCACCACUUUCAGCGGCAGACAGUCGUGAGGCGAAGGUCACAGGGCGGGCCUUGACCAGAGCCUCUGAGGGUGCUCUAGCCACUGACGACAGAGGUGCAGACCCCGAGGGACGUUUAAGGCACAGAUCCCACCGAUUGUGACCUCGCCGACAAUAAUCGAGGCGCUGGCUGCUGAUGGUCCGAACUGGGAACUCUUAUAGUGGUACCUGACGAAGGUCUGUCAUAGACGGGAGGGCGAAUCACAGCGGAGAACGAUUGUGCGCGCGCUAAGAAGCUGCCCCCGGGUGUCGUAAAGGUCUACUGGUCGUCUGUCGGACUCUUACCGAGCCGUGUGACUGUUUCGUUGUGACUGAAUGAUGGAGAAUUACCACGAGGGUGUUCGAACGGGCGCGUUAGGUGGUCAUCUGUUAUACUUCCCGGCGGAACUGCCACGGCCGUCUACUGUCGCGCUGAGCAACGAGAGACCGACAGCGCCGGGACCGCCAGCGGAAAAUUGGAGCUGCCGCCCGGCCGCCAGCCGCUACCGGUCUGUGGCGACAAAAAGUGGUGGCGCCACGCCACCGCCUUGUGGCACUCCUUCCGAUGUGCGUGUGAGCGUGACGGCGCCGGAAGUGACUGCUUCCGGUGGCGAGAUGAGAGCGCGCCGCCGGCCCCGACCGGCGACGUCGCGUGCCGGGAUGACCGGGCUGAGGGACUGAGCUCCGUGCGGGAGAGCGGAGCGCGUUCGGUGACCGCGAUCAGCGCUCACUGUCAGCUCUCAGUGCCACACCUGCUCGAAUGGUGGUUUGAUGGUAGCUCGACCGCGGACGGUGGGCCUAUCGGCCGGGCCGCGGUACGUGCUCUGUUGUAGCGCUCGAUAAGUGUAUAACAUGUGUGUAGUACUGAGUUGGUGAGAGAGCUGCCGAAACUAAAGGGUAUGGUAGGGAAACUCGGUUUGAGGCUCAGAUGCAUUUAUGAACCUUAAAUGCUUAUGAAUGAUGAUUUUUGUUGUCAGUCAUGCGUUCACAACAAUAUAGUAAAUAAGCCUUUUUCUGGAUCUGAUGAAAAUGUACGUUUGCAAAAUAAUGUCUUCAACAAGGCCUCUCAUUUAUCCAUUUUGUUUCCUAUUUUUGUACACACAAAACAAACUAUGCGGGAGCCAUACUUCAAGGCAUUUGUCGCGUACCGUAUUGCAUAACGAACACAUGCGCGACUAUGCUACUCGUGAGCUGUCGCGCUGAGCAACGAGAGACCGACAGCGCCGAAACAGCCUUUGUCUGUUCCAACAGACACAGCUGAGACGGCGAGAGGGUCACAAUGACGCUCAGCCGAUGACGUAGCGGGCCAGUACAGCGAGUGACGUCACGGGUGCCGCGAAUGACGUCACGGCCGCUGUGUGAUGUGACGUCACGGGUGCGCGAGUGAAGCGUUAGUCGCUGUUAUCCUGUAUGUGUUUGUCGGCUCGGAGCCGCGCCGUCUGUUGUGUGACGAUGUUUUUAUCCAGUGAUGAGGGACGACUGUUGUGCAGUUGGUUGCCAUUCGGGCACUUAAUGAGAACAUAUUGACGUUAUAAUACAUCAUUUCCACAUC